AUGCCGAGGGACUCGGUGGUCAUCAUUCGCUACGGGCCGUACAGUGCCGUCGGCCUGUCUGUGGAGUACCGCACCUUCCGCCUAGAGGGCCUGCAAGCUGUGUUGACCAGAGAUGGACACAAGGUCAUCCUGGAGAAGAUAGAAGACUGGAAUGUGGUAGAGCUCAUGGUGAAUGAAGAGAUCGUCUUCCACUGUAACAUCAAAGACUUGGAGUUUGGAGGUGAUGGUAAACUAGACCCGCUGUGUGAAGACGCCAGGAUAGCCGUCCUGAAUGCCUACUGAUCUCCUCGUCCAAACAGUCAUCUGAAGUCAACAGAACAGCAGCUGCCUCUGGCCCCUCCGUGCA